AUGCGCUUCUUCAGCUUUGCCACGUUGGCUGGCGCCCAUGCUCCGGCUGGUGCCGGUGUUGGCGGCGGGUCAGCCGCCGUCGCGCUUGACUUGUCUCGCUCGUUUCGCGUGCCCUCGUCACCAUUUGGUGACGCAGGACCGCACUCGUCGGGACCUCAUCCUCGCAUGCUUGUUCUCUUCUCAAGCACGUGCCUGUGCGUGGUGACCAUUGCUGGAAGCUUGCAACACCCUUCUAGAUUAUCCUGCCAAUCAGAUUAA